AUGGCAGAAGAAGCACCAGCACCCGCCGCGGCUCCAGCCAAGGCUCCAGCUAAAGCCCCAGCCAAAUCCCCCGCCAAAGCCCCCAAGAAGAAGGCAAGCAAGCCCGCCAAGGCCGGACCCAACGUCCGGGAGCUGAUCAUCGCAACCGUGACCGCGUCCAAGGAACGCAGCGGCGUCUCUCUGGCAGCCCUGAAGAAGGCUCUGUUAGCCGAAGGAUACGACGUGGAGAAGAACAACAGCCGCGUGAAGACCGCCGUGAAGGCUCUGGUCGCUAACGGGACUCUGUCUCAGCCCAAGGGAUCCGGAGCCUCUGGUUCCUUCAAGCUGAACAAGAAGGCUGAACCUAAAGCCGCGAAGCCGGCGAAGAAGCCCGCUGUUAAAGCCAAGAAGCCCGCCGCGAAGAAGGUCGUAGCAGCAAAGAAGGCAAAGCCCGCAGCCAAGAAGCCAGUGGCCGCCAAGAAGUCCCCGAAGAAGGCGAAGAAACCCGCGGUGGCGGCCAAGAAGGCAACAAAGAGUCCCAAGAAGGUCGCUGCUAAGAGCCCCAAGAAGGUGGUCAAGAAAGCCGCUGCUCCCAAGAAGUCUCCCGCCAAGAGGGCGGCGAAGCCCAAAGCAGCGAAGAAGACCGCGGCCAAGAAGAAGUAAACUGUCGUAAACUGUCGGAACUCCUGCAAAUACAAAGGCUCUUUUAAGAGCCACACAAGUGUUUCUAUGAGAGCUCAAACACUCUUAUUAUUAUUAUUAUUAUUAUUAUUAUUAUUAUCUUAGUUUAAAAUACAAGACUAGAAGAUUAGAAGAAGUAUCUGCUGCUUCUUCUUAAAGUUGCAUAUAGUCUUUAUAUUUUAUAAUUUAUGUAAUCUGUAAACUGUGUGUACUUAUGUGUGCAUGUACUGUAUAUAGAGAGAGUAAGGGGUUGUGUGUGUGUAUGUGUAUGUUAUAUAAUAUAAUAUAUAUAUAUAGUAUUAUAUUAUAUAACUUCUGGGUAAUUGUUUCUGUUAUUUCUCAUAGUAGUAGUAGUAUUAUUUGCAUAAUAUGAAUAAUAUAUUUGAUAUUAACAACUAGCUAGCUACAUUUUUUAAAUAUAAUUGAAUGAAUAUUCUCACAACAAAAACAAAUGAUAAAUAUAAGAUAAAUCCCUCCAUUUGUCA